UCAAUUUUCAAAUUGUUAUGAUAGAUUUAAUAUGUUUUUUGAAUUAUUUUAAAAAGUAGAUCAACAAAAUGUCUGGAGCAAUGAGACAAUUGGAAGAACGUCAACUUCCAGCUGAAGUUACUAUAAUGAGAUGGUCACCCAAAAUGGAUUUGUUAGCUGUUGCUAAUGUUAAGGGUGAGGUUGCAUUACAUAGAUUAACAUGGCAGAGAGUAUGGCUAUUAAGUCCACAAAAUGAAUCGGAUACAUCUGUAAACUUAGCGUGGAGGCCAAAUGGAAAAUUACUCGCCGUUUGUUACGUGUGUUCCAAGCUUUUCUGUCUCGUUGACAUCGAGAAUAAAAACAUUAUAUACAAAGUGCAGCUGUCGUCGCAGAAUUCUAUAACAAGUAUAACAUGGUUACCUCUGAUGAAUGCAGAUAGCGAUAACUUUGCCAGUAAUAAAAAUAAUAUUUCGCCUACCGGUAAUUAUCUUCCUUCUUUGCCUUGUUUGAACAGAAAUUUUGGUCAAGAAUCCGAACGCAAGGAGCUCCUUUCUCAAACUUUAGAUCUAUUGUUUCUCGGCAAAGAUAACGGAAGUGUGAUGAUGUAUGUAUUUGGAAUGUUUUACUGCGGAGAAAUAACUGUGGGAAACGGACCGAUUAUAGAAAUUAGCGGUGGAUCUGGUAGACCAAUAUGGAUUACUUGGAAAGAUAACAAUGGCAUUGUAGUUAACAGAUAUUCGUGUUCAUUGCUUGAAAAAAGUUCUGCAUUUUUAAAGGUAGCUCAAGCUCAAGCAAACAUAGAAUGUUUGAUGGAUUAUCUCUCGCGUACCUUAAUGGCUAUUUCUGAAGCUUGGGAAACGAUUCUUUCAGAGAUGGAUGAUAAACUCGCACGAUAUGCUGAAAGCAAUCCACCUGGUGCAGUGGCUGCAGAUUUUUUAGAAUUAUUGAUGAUCGGUAUACCGACACAAAAUUUAGAAAACUUUCUAUUGCGCGAUCUAACUGAGAAAGGCCUGAAAAAAUUGGGCCACAGUAUCGAGAUGUGUUACAGUAAUAUACAGAAACUAGUCGUGAAAAAUUUGAACAGCGUCGGAAUGGCAUUAGUGUAUCAAUUAGCUGAAAUUCGUGGUAUGGUGAGAUUAGGUGGACCUUACGAAUCUCUUGGCCUCAAGAACGAAAGUCUCAUAACAAAAGCUCUUCACGCGUCAGAAGCUUUUCUAGCCAAGGCUUCUGAAAUGCAACAAGUGAUAGAUCAUAGCAUGCGAGAUUAUAAAGCAUUUUUUAGGUGGUUGUAUGUAGAGAUCCAAAGAUUAACAGACGAAAGAAUACCAUCUGAAGUAAGCCGUAUGAGUCAACAGGAAUUAAUAUUUAUCGCAGAAUUUCUUAAAGGAUUUGAUAAAAUUGAAUCGAGUAGUGGCAGUAGGAAAGGUGUAAACCUUGAAAAAUUAGGACAAUAUUUACGUCACGAGCCUUUACAAACUUGCUUAACACCAGAAGGGAGCGAAUGGGCAUCCAUGUUAAAUGAAAAUCAUUGUCUUCGCGAUCACUCGCUUAUAAUGAAACAAGAUUUGAAUUUUUCUUUGUUGCAAUCUCAUGAGAAACUAGUCAACGCCAUACGCGAUGUUUUUGCAAUAGCCUAUGAAGAUUUAGUUAAUCAUUUCACAGUUUUACAAACAUCUUUGAUAUCUUCUACGAGCGUUUUAUCUUCUCAAAUAGUAACGAACGAUGGUAAUCUGUUAAUAGCCAGUUCUGACGUCGAACGUAAAUUUUUACGUCUAUUUCAAGUUGAAGCCUUGCACGCAAAUACAUCAUCCGUUUCUUUAUACUUUAAGUCUGCUAUAAUAGAUGUUGAUAACAAACAAGGAUCCUUUUCGAAAAGUUCUGUCGACAAUGCGAUAGCCGAUUUACAGUUUUAUUCGCAAGAUUAUCUUAGUCUUCUUUUAUUGAACAAACAGAAUUAUUCAUCGACUCUUCUACAGUUACCAUCGAGUCAUGUGAAAUUGUUAGAUCAUCAAAGCCAGUCUUCGUUAUGUUUAACCGAUGUUAUGGGUGCCAUAUGGCCAAGAGCUUUUCAAGGUAUAUCUGCAAGACGAUUGGCAGUUAGCGGUGCACGAAAAGUAGCAGCAAUCCUUAACGAAAAUAACAGAAAAAUACGAUUGCUUGAAACUGAAGUUGAACCGGAGGAUGAAGAUGAGGACGAUGAAGAUGGGAUUGAUGACGGUAUGAUGGAUACAACACCGAGUAUAAAUACAAGUACUUCAUAAAAACACAAAUUUUACUUUUUGUUUAUACUUUUCUUUUCUUUUCUUUUUUCAUUUUCGUUUAUACGUUUCAUUGAAGAAAGAAAAAAAAAAAAAAGAAACAAACAAACGAAAAAAUCUGUAAAUCUUUUUCAAUUAAUUUUAAUCAAGGUCAACAAAAAUAGCGCUAAAAGAAAUCAAUAAUUAUUCUAUUUAGUUCUAAAAUUAAUAAAACGAUUUAUUCUUGUAUAUACAAUAACACGUUUUGCAUUGCACAAGUUCCUAUCACAAUUUAUAUAAAUUAUAAUUUCUCUAUAUUGAAAGGUAUCAAUUUGAUACUGACAUGAGAUGGUUUUACGCUUCUCUUCUGCUUUCUUUCUGUAUGAAAGCUUCUAAGAUUUAAGAAUAAUUAGGUUCCAUAAAUCGUUAUGGUAAUCCUUGAUCUUUUUGCAUUUGAUUGAAUACUUUGGGAAAAUCAAUAUCGAGAGGAUUUUCGAUUCCGCCAUUAUCAACUUCUUGCGUAGGCAUGGCAGAUGUAUUUACAAUGUUUCCUCUAAAUGUUGCUGGUGAAUUUUCUCUUGAUUCAUCCAAAUCUAUAAAAAUCUUUGUCAUAAGUAAUUCAUAAAAAAGGAAUAAAGCAUAUUUGGACAUUA